UAGAACGGAAUGAUUUCGUUGUCAGUUUGACACGCACAAGCGUACUAUUCGUUUCAAGAGUGUUGUGUGUAACGAAUUUCUUAAUAAUUAUACAAUUUCUAAUUCCAUGUGCAUCGCGAAAUAAAUUAUUAAUGUUUGUAUAUAAAACGACGUGGCUUUGGAAAACAAAUGAAAAUCGUGAAAAUAAUAAAGAUUAUAGAAUCAUUUCUUAUUAUAAUCAUUGGUUAAUAGUGUUCGCGGAAUGUGAAUACAAUAUCGUUUUUUUUGCAAUCAUUUAGUCUUCGAAUUAUACUUUGAAAGGGAAUAACCUCAAUUUAGAAAGAUUAAAUUUAUGUAAUUGUGAACGAUUGCAAGAUUUGUUAAAGAAUCAUGAGCGAUACACAAAGAGUGGAGUUUGCACUUGGAAGUGAAGUGUCGCUGGAACACUUCUUCAAAAGUAGCUUCGCGCGUUCUUUUGUGACCAAUUGCCGUGACUCAAAAUCAUUGGAUUAUGAGCUUCUUGACAACGCUUUUGAUGAAGAAACAGAAACAAAUACUAAAAACAAUAAUUUCUUUUCCCUUGUAAAUUUUGAAAAUAAAAUAACGAACAUUGUGGACAAUAAACAUGUUUUUAAUAAGGACAAUACCAACCUUCGAAGAACAAAAGAAAGUGUUCAAUCCUCUGCGGAUAUUAAUGAAUUGGAGAAGCUAAGAAAACAAUGCCAAUCACUAAUAGAAGAGAAUCAAAAAUUACAGAACGCUUUAACAAGCAAUCAAAUACCUCAUGUACAAGUGAUCGACAGUGUUUUCCUCCAGACACAGGUUGAAACAUUGCAAUGGCAGCUGAAACAGACAGAAGCGAAUAGACAAAUGUACCGUUCUUUAAUGGAGCAAGUGGUACGUUUCCUAGAUCGGGCUCGCAAAAGCUUGGAUAUUCUUCAUGAGAAGAAUAAUCUCAAAGAUAAGAAUUCAAUGGGACGAGUUCCACGUAGCCGUAGUGUUCAUGCCGUUCAUGCGGAUUCCUCACCGAAUCGUGCUGUUUCAGCAACAUCUUCCUCUCAUUUUAUGAGGGCGAAAUCAGUCACACAAAUCUCACCAUGUACCACGAGCUAUCGUGAAUUUACCUGGUCAAUGCUUCGUAGAAAUGAUCCGACACACUGUACUCCUCCACGUAAUAAAUCUCAAGAUCUCAAUAAAUCUCAUGACGGUAUUAUUUAUAGAAGACCCAAACAAUCAGAGAUUGAUCCGAAUGAUAUACCACCUGAAAAAUUAUCUCAAGAAGCAUUCAGGUUAAUGAGGACCGUUCAAUCGUUGCUAUCAAUGAGAGAGCCCGAUCUUUUUAGAAUUCUGUCGAUAGAAAAUAAUUCUCCUUCGCCUAUAGAUCAUCAUCGUCAUAAUAACCAUCAUAAUGAGAUAUCACUAUCAUUGCAGAAUGGUAGCUUUAUAAAUUCCACGAGUUUACGGGAAGAUGGCAUUUAUAAUAUACGUUCCAAUUACAAUCGUGGAAAUGAAUCGAACAAUACUGAUAAUGAUAAUAGAAUCUGUUUUUUUAAAUCAUCAUCAAAUAUUACAGAAAUUGAUCAAAAUUUGCAGAAUCUUCUUCCCGGUAUUAGAAGAUCUCUCGAUGCCACUUCACUUAACUCAGGAAGUAGCAAAACCACUGAAGAAGAAGAUGUACUUUCAAAUAAUAAUAAUUGCUUUAAUGUUUCUAUGCCAAAUGAUCAUAUUUUCUCAUGUACACCAACAUCAACGCCAAAUAAGCAUGAUAGAAAAGCAGAAAAGGAGAAAGACAAGUCUUCAAAAUCAAAGCCAGCUGCUAGCGUAAGCAGUGUUGAGGAUGAAAGUGGAUUUUCUUCCAUGAGUUCUUUUCAAGAAAUUGGUUUACCUAAUGCAUUAUCAAUCUCUCCUAUAAAAGGUUAUCAGGAAGUGGGUUUACCUGAGAUAUCUGUAGAAAAAACCAGACAUCGUAGAUGGUCGUCAACUCCAGCUGAAAUUCAAGCUCUUUUUAAACAGCGUAAUAGUUUUAUUUCUCAAACCGCCACUGAAUCUUUAAGUGUUUGGGUUUAAGUGAUUCUACGAGCGAUAUACAUACUUUCUAAACGAGAUAGCUCUGGUGAAUGUACUUUUG